AUGUCUCAACAGCGUGACCAAAAGCCCGCGCCAGCUCCAGCGCCCUCUACAGCCAUCCAGCAAAGCGAUAACAUCGCACACGCACUGGCCGGCGCCGGAGGUGGAAUUCUCUCAAUGGUUUUGACAUAUCCAUUAAUCACCCUCUCGACACGAGCCCAAGUCGAGUCCAAGCGAGCACACUCCACAGCCCUGGAUGCCGUCCGCCGCAUCUCCGCACUAUUCGGAAUAAGCGUCACAAACUUCGUCUACUACUAUUGGUACGAAUGGACGCGCUCCACCUUCGAAAAAGCAGCCAUCACAGCCGGCCGCGCUAAAAAGCUCACAACAAUCGAGUCCAUGAUUGCCGGCGCCAUCGCAGGUAGCGCGACGGUCCUAAUCACCAACCCUAUCUGGGUCAUCAAUACCCGCAUGACGGCGCGCAAGUCGGAGUCUGAGGAACAGGGUCUUCCUGGUGCGCCGAAGAAGGCUAAGGCUUCCACUUUCAAUACCUUGAUGCAGCUUCUUCGUGAGGAGGGGCCUAAGGCGCUGUUCGCGGGUGUACUGCCUGCUCUGGUCCUUGUCAUCAAUCCGAUUCUUCAGUAUACUAUUUUCGAACAGUUGAAGAAUAUGGUUGAGCGGCGACGACGAAUGACGCCUAAGGAUGCCUUUUAUCUGGGUGCGCUGGGUAAGAUCUUGGCUACUAGUAUCACGUACCCUUACAUUACUAUUAAGAGUCGUGCGCAUGUGGCUAGCAAGGAUGGGCCUAAGGAGAGCUUGAAUGGUAGUCUGAAGCGGAUUAUUAAUGAGGAGGGGUGGAAGGGUCUUUACAAGGGAAUUGGCCCUAAGGUUACCCAGAGUGCUAUCACUGCCGCAUUCCUCUUCGCCUUCAAGGAUGUUCUCUAUGAUACCAUGGUCUCGAUGCGCAAGCGUAGGGCUAUUGGUAAGUAA